AUGUCGGACACCACAGAAUGGACUCCUCCGCCUGCGGUCGCCGAGAUGGCUGAUCGCGACCAACAUUAUACUCUCGAGAGAGACCGGUUCCUCCAGAUAUGUGAGAAGUGGCGCAAAAGGCACGAGAAGCACCUGAAUCCUCUGUACAAGUAUACCCCCGGACAUCAAGAUAGGGUGGCCGAAACGGAGACAGAGCGUAAGCGCCUGCUCGUUGAGGCCGAUGAACUUGCGUUGAAGCUCUCGAAAGAAUGCAGCGAGAAAGACGCUACACGUGUGGUGGAAGCUGUGCGCGGCUGUUUGGCGCUGACGAAAGCCGAGCAGAAAUCUUUCCUCGCUUUUUGGGACACUCCGGUAGGGUUCGACGGGGUGAGAAUUGUCCAGAUCUGUGAAGCUCGGUUUGUGCUAGCACUAUGCUUGGUCGUCAGCGAUCUUUGCCAGACCCGUGAGUUGAACAUUGCUAUUAGCGUAACUUUAGCAGACUUCCUCGGAGAGCGGAUCAAGUACUCUCCGGAUGUGCAGACGUACAACCGCUCUGUUGGCACCCGUUUCCCGCCGGAAGAGCAUAAGCUGGAGUAUCUCGCAUCGACUUCCUUCGCCCAGUACCGUGACGAAGUGAGCAAAUCGGAUGCUGAAUGGGCAUCAGAAAGUCCCGGGGUGCGAGGCUCCCGCUCAAUGUAUAUCAAAGCGCGCAUUGGUAUGCGACUGGGUGGCUAUCUCAGGUUGCCACCGCUCUACGACUGUUGCGAGCGUAUCGUAGACGCAAUCAAAGUUGAGAAAGCGCCAUUCAAUGUUCAGAUCGCCGACCUUGCCGCCUACAACGCCGUCGCAAGCUUCAACAGGACAUUUCCGCGAUCCGACGUGUCCUUGGAAGCAGCGGGCAACGUGCAGUUCGAAUUGGGUGACGCUGUCCGAUUGGGCCACAAAUGGGGCCUUUGCUCGGUUGCGAAGGAUACCAUGAAGCCGAAAGAGGUUGCUGAUAUCAGACUGCAACUCUGGAAGUCCUCAUCCAAGCAGAAGUAG